GUUUUGUUUUGGGUAUUAGUUAAAUGCUACCAUGACAAGUCCAGUUUGCAAGACAGUUUCUAUGGCUCUGGCACAAAAAUAUUGCAAUGUGUGCACACACCCAAGUUUUCAUUCAUUUUUUAAAAAUGUCUCUUGUUCUGCUUGAGCCCUUUAUGGCAUGAUAUUUAGCCAGGGAGUAGCUGAUGAUUCUUCUAGUUGUAAUGAGUGGAGAGACGUGCCAGGUUGGGACUGGUUUUACUGAUUACGUCCAUAUGGGUGUGGCAGUGGUUACUCUUUUAAGCUUUGCAUUUCAGUGGGUUUGCACAGAUAAAUCUAAGUGUAGCGGAGCUGAAACUGUAGCAAUUUACACAGAGAAGAAGAAAUGGCACAAAGCUCUCUCCCACCACCUGCCACCCAAACAGAACCUGUCAUCCCCUCCGGAACAGCUGUGUUUAAAACAAUACCAUAUGCUUUUAUCCUACCAGAGCUAGUGUUUGGAACCUGGGUCUGGAUCCUGGUUGCUGCCACCUCAGUGCAUUUUCCAUUGCUGCAGGGAUGGGUUAUGUACGUGUCAGUAAGUUCAUUUAUCAUCUCCCUGGCACUCCUGCUGAUUUACCUGUUUGGAUUUCAAAGAAACAAUGAAAAUUGGAGAAUCAUGGAUAGUCUUUACCAUGGGACCACCGGGAUAUUAUACAUGAGUGCUGCAGCCCUACAAGCAAAUGCAACAAUUCGCUCUGAAACUGAAGUGCCAGCAGCCUAUACGCCUCAGUACUAUCAGAUCAAUGUUACUGCCUCGUUCUUUGCCUUUAUCACAGCUCUACUAUAUAUUUUGCAUGCCUUCAGCAUUUACUACCAAUGAAGACUGAUGGAAAGGAUAGAAGAUAGGUGUCAAAGAAACAGAGUAGCAACUUCUGGAGUUGUAUCCUUAAAACAAUGAAGAACAGAGUUUGAAUGUAAAUUUAGGUCUCUCUGAGCCUGCCAUUGUUUUCUUUUAAGUUGAAAUGGUGUUCGUUUUGUAAGCCUGUACUGAAGUCCUCCUUUUUAUACAGCAUUGUGUGUUUUUGUCAGACAAUAGCAUAAUUUAGGAAAAGCUAAUUUCAAAUAUCUCUACCCAAAAUAUGAUAAUUGCUCUUCCCAAUGUACCUGCUCUGGAGCCCACUGUCAUUUCCAAAGAUUUGCAGUCUUGUAUACUCAUGGUGGAGAAUACAGGAAAUACCUUACUGGAUAAUACAAAGCUCCCUUUAUUUUCUUAUGACACCUCUUUUGGCAUGGGUGGUUGUUUUAAUUUAGCUUCUCUCCUAAUCUGGGAUGGUUGUAACUGUGUCACUUUCCAGUUCCUCCAGCUUGAGUAGGCAAAUACUAGUUCACCAGGUGCUUAGCUGAGCCCUUUUCCCACUCCUGCUCCCCCUGGAACAACUUUGUUCUUGUGCAAAAAGCCACUGCAAGGUGCACAGAAGCCCGUGGGCUGAAGGUUCCAUAGACUCCCACGGGGCAGGAUUUCACCCUCUGGUCAGAUUCCCAGUCUCGCUUUAGGAAGGACAGCCUCUAGUUUUCCACACAGAGGCCUGGCCUUGUGUCACUUUUUAGCAACUUCCCCAGCCUGGAACCCACAGGGCCUUGAGAAAUAAAGAGAAGCAGAGGCAAAUACCAUUGCAUUUUGUACCCUGGCUGUGGCAGUGAGGCUGUGUUAAUUCAGGUUGGGAAGUUUCGGUGAGACACCCAAACAACAACUCUAUAAAGCGUGUGCAGAUAUGAAAGGUGGCUGUUAAUAAUAAAUAGUCUCGCACACAGGUGUUUCUGUCAUCUGUACAUACCCCAUGCUGGCACAUGAAGGCUGGAUGAUGUGCCAGAUUUUGGGUCCCCAGGGUACCAGCUGCCCUGGGAACCCCUCAGUCAGACUACUAAUUGAGGUGUCCCAUGGAGAGGUGUGUCCCUCAGCCUCGCCACCCAGGAAUUUGCGCUGAACCCGAUGAACAUGUUAUUCUUUAUUAUACACAACCAAUUUUUAAAUAAAAAAAUAUAAUAACAAUAGUUAAGAACAAAACUAACAAUUUAGAUAAAAUUUACCACUACAAAGUUUGGUGGAUAAUCCCAGCACACUGGGUGGUCCCACUUGUGUUAAACAACCUAAAUAACUAAAUUAACCUCAUUAUAACCUUUUAAAACAGUUUCCCCCAUAGCCCAAUUGAUUUCCUUCUGGUCACCAUCAACUUCCUAUAAUGCUAAAUAGCAACACAGCUAUAACUAUGAGCUACCACUAGAUAGAUGGUGGAGGCAAGGCUUCUGCUGCUCUGGGGAAAGUGGGCUCUUUUCAUCAUUCCUGGUAACACAGCGAAACAGGCUCUGAACAGCUGCUGCAGGCAAUAGGCUCCGUUUGCUUCCUUUACUGGCAGGUUGUUCUCUAAAGCAGUUUCCUUCUGAAAAUACACUUACUGCAAACACUAGUGAUUAGGUGUCCCCUCACACAUCCAUGCUGGUUUGUUUUCUCAGCCCACCCCCUCUCGGGGCUGUCUUCCCCCUCCCAGUACAUCUACCCGCAGACAGGUGUUUCUCUCUGCAUGUCUCUGACUGUGGCUUGAGCCUUCCCAGAUUGGAUUUCACUCCAGUGUCUCAGUUGGACACAACUCAUAGCCUGGUCAUUAACCCUUUAAGGGCUUGGCUGCUUCUCCCAACCCCAGCAAGCCUAUCAGCCUUGCUUACCAAUGCCUCCCCACUCUUUCCCUGGCACCUUUGUCCCUGUUUGCACAGCUCUGAACCCAGAGGGGAAUCAGCUUCUCACGGGACAACACAGGCUCUUCCCCAUCCUGAUACCUGCUCCCUGGGCAAGUUUCAGACUGGUCUCCCCUGGCUUGGGCUGAGUCUGUGCCCCUUCUCUCCAGGGCUAGAGUUGACUCCUUCCAGCUUCUCCUCCUCUUUUCUCUCCCUCAGGUUUUAUGGCUCAGUAGCAGCCAAUCAGAGCCCCCAAGUUGCAAUGCGGUCACAAUUUAAACACUCUGGUCACAAUUUAAAUGCUCCAUUAAGAAGUAUGUAUUGUGCACUGCAUACUCUCCUGUCUGGUAAAACUUAUGCACCCUCUGCAAAGUUUUGCCACCCUUUUGUUGCAAAACUCUUAAGCACAGCUCACCCAUUCAGCUUGCAACCAGGUGAGCUUUGCAGCUUUUACAUGUAGGAGUGUGUGUGUCACUGCUGUGGGGCAGGAAACUGAGAAGUGCCCUGGCACAUCCUGUUCCAUAGGUCAUGUGUGGCUGUGGCAAUCACACUGUGCACUCUGCUUCUACUCCUUAGGGAGACAACAGGCCAUGUCCCUUCUGCCUCAGGUCCUCAUCCAGGAGCAAUGCAGGGACUUAUGCCAGGCUAUGCCAUACAUGCUGCCUCCCAGUACAGGGGUAACAGUCACUGCUGUGGUGCCUUGCAGGUCUCAGCACAUCAUCCUGACACAGGGAAAUGGGAGGUGGAGCUCAGGGAGGCAGAGGAUGAGAUAGCUUCAGCCAUUGACAUCUUUCUUGGUGUUUGAUGGACAGCUCCCAGACUAUCCCAUUUACUUUGGCUGUGAUCAAUAAAGAAAUUCUUUAUCUGUUUCAUUACCACCUAAAACUGUGACUUGUAUGUAGACAUAGGUGACCAUAGGGCUCCCAGAAUGACGUGGGUUGGAUGCCAGGGAGACCACUCACAGAAACUUCUGUGGGUGUAGGCUGGGGAGUGUGGGGCAUCAUUAGGGUUGGAUUGCUACUUGUAUGAAACCCUAAAUUUGAAUGGACCACUUGCGGACUGGUCAUGUGGUCUGGGAAGCCAGAAAGUAGGUUACUAGGCAAAGCACAUUUUUGUAGUCUUUGGAGAAUGAACAGAGCUGGGUUCAAUAGGGAAUGUACACUUUUCCUUCUUUUCAAGCAACCAGUGCUGCACACUUUGAAAAACUCCUUGGGGGAACUUUAUUUCAGUGAAAGUUAUACAACCAAUAGUAAAAGAGUUAAACCAAUAGUAAGAAAUUUAAUAAAAGAUAGGAAGAAAAAUUAUCCCUAAAUUGCCCGUUUCCUUCAUCCCUCCCCCCGCACCCAUUCAAACGUCAUCUUACAGGGACAUGACAGAUAGAAAGGUACUCUGAGCUCAUAACUGCAGAUGAGAGCAGAUAAGGCAGCAAUGCCUCCCACCCCCACCCCCACAGGAAAACCAAAAAAAUCCCAUCACCCCCCUUUUUCCAUAUAUACACACAUAAUGAACCUCAGGAAAGGUACAAGCAUUGACUACAUAGUAAUAAAAGGUAAUAAGAAGUGAGAAAACCCUUCAAGCAUCAGCACUACUGACUGCUGAUUACUGACUGCCUGCAGACUUGAAAUUUUAUUUGGACCUCCCUCAGCUUUGGUUCCAUUCAUGCUUUAUGCACGAGAACCUGGUGGG